GGUCUCUCGGGUUCAUGGGAGGGUUUCCAUUAAUUACCCUACAUAUGUUUGCCACCUGGAUAUAUAUACAAUAUAUAUAUAUAUACACGCUCCCCAAAGAACCACACCAUAUCCAUUUAGAAACAUAUUGUAGAACCCUUUUGCUCACCUUUUCUUGGACAAAAUUAAAUGGUCGACAAUAGGAUUGUGAUAAGGGGGUUCGAUGAGGAAAGAGAUGGAGAAAUGGUUGGGAAGCUUGAGGGAGAUUGUGAAAACCAAGGAUCAAUUCAUGAUAAACAUCAUGAUGAUAAUGAAGAUGGUGGUCAUGAUCAUCAUCAUCUUCACAAGAGGGUUUCCACGUUCACGAACAUGAUGGGCAAAGGUGACCCUUUAUGCAGGAUCAGGCUCUACCCUCUUCAUCUCAUGCUGGUUGCUGAACUUCAAGAGAGCAGGGAGGUUGUCGGUGUGGUGAAAGGAUGCAUCAAAAGUGUUGGCACAAAGCACCUUGGAUCAGAAAAUGUGAAGUUGGGUUGCAUAAUUGGCCUGAGAGUCUCUUCCAAUCACCGAAGAAUGGGGAUUGGAGUGAGGCUUGUGCACUCAGUUGAAGAGUGGAUGGCAAGAAACAAAGUGGAUUACACAUUCUUAGCAACCGAAAAGACCAACGUGGCUUCGAGGAACCUCUUCACUAGUAAGUGCAACUACACGCAAUUAGCUUCACUAGUGAUAUUCAUUCAGGAGCCGAGCAGUGUGAAGCAGUACUCUGCCAUACCCAAAGCCAUCAAGAUAGAGAGUUUACGUGUGGAGGAAGCAAUCUCCAUGUACAACAUCAAGCUCAAGGAGAAAGACAUUUAUCCGACAGACAUAGAAGCGAUCUUGAAGGAAAAGAUGAAUCUUGGGACUUGGGUUUCGUACUUCAAGGACGAGAAGUGGGUUCGCGCUGGAGAAGGAGAGACCCCUAGCUCCUGGGUGAUGUUCAGUGUGUGGAGCUCUUGUCAGGCUAACAACGGAGAGUGGCUGCUGCCCCAGGUGAAGUUCUUGAGCUCGGUAAUGGAGAAGGCGAGAGAGAAGAUCUUGCCAGCAUGUCUGAAAGUUCCGAGAAGUGUGGAGAAGAAGAGAUUAGGGUUCUUGUUUCUGUUUGGGAUCCAUGGAGAAGGCGAAAGAGUGGAGGAGCUGGUGAAGUCCACGUGGCGUUUCACCAUGAGGUUGGCAGAGACAGUGAAGGGAUGUGAAGUGGUUCUGACAGAGAUGGGAGUGUCUGACCCUCUGGUUAGGUUCCUUGAACCGCAAGCCAUCCCGGGUUUGUCCUGUAUUGACGAUGUUUGGUACAUUAAGAGAGCCACGUGUCACGGUGGUUGCGCCGGCGAUGAGGUCACCGGAGAAUUAGGUAAUGUGUUUGUUGACCCUCGAGAUUUUUAAUCUUUGUUUUUUGUUUUGCCAUUGUUUGUGUCAUGAAGACAUUACGCAAUUGUUGUCGUUCGUUUUUU